CAUCUUUGAUACACAAGAUCGUCUCUAACACCACAUGAUCCUCAUCCUGCACAUGCCAAGCAUUUACAGUUGCCUAGUCUUGCGAGAGGAGGAAAGCAGAAAUGUCGGAGAAAGGUGAGGCUGAGCUACUCGAGGAUUUCGCUAGUCUAAUCAAGCUUUACAGUGACGGAUCAGUUGAAAGAGGAGACGACUCAUCUUUCCCCGUCGCCCUUUCAGAGAACGAUAACUUCAAUUACAAGCAUGUGGAAUACAAAGACGUCGUGAUGGACGAGGCAACUGGAUUGUGGGCGCGCCUCUACUUGCCGCCCGAAACAACGAGCAAAGCGCCCCUAAUAAUGUACUACCAUGGCGGCGGGUUUUGCAUCCAUAGCCCGACAGCGCCCAUCGUACACCGCGCGUGCCAGAUGUGGGCGGCCAGGCUCGGCGCACUCUUCGUUUCAGUCAAUUACAGGUUGGCUCCUGAGCACCGCCUUCCUUGUGCGUACCAGGAUUCCAUCGCAGCGCUGCACUGGCUCCAGCUGCAGGCCGUGGUGGCGGAAUCAGCAGAUCCGUGGUUGGGCUCCCACGCCGACUUUUCUAGGGUUUUUCUGGCGGGCGACAGCGCAGGAGGGAACAUUGCGCAUCAUUUGGGCUUGUGGGCGGCCGGCGCAAAGGCGGAGAUCGAAAUCAAGGGGCUGAUUUUGGUGUAUCCGUACUUCGGAGGCGAAGAGCGCACGUCGUCGGAGAAGGAGAACUCGUCAGUUUUCAGUUUGGAGGAGUCGGACGCCCUGUGGAGACUUGCCUUGCCCGUGGGAAGCAACAGAGAUCAUCCCUUCUCCAACCCCCUUGUAGAUGAAGCCGUUGCCUCUGCUCCUGACAUUCCACCGAUGCUUUUUGUGAUUGCAGGGCACGAUUUACUGAGAGAUCGACAGAUGAACUACUGUGAGUUUCUGAAGAAAUGUGGGAAACAGAUUCGUGUGCAUGUGUGUGACGAGGAAGACCAUGGCUUCCUUUUCUCCAAAAUGGAGGAGCCCAGCUUAGUUGAAGCCCUCCGUUGCAUCUCUGAUUUCAUCAAAUGAAAACAGUGCCGUCACAGGACAAGUUUUUGUUCUACAUCUUUUUACUAAAUGUAUGAUUUUAUUUACCUAGUCGCCGUUUAUUAUCCCACGAUUUCUGUACAUAAUUUUGCUUUGUCGUUGAUAUGCUGAGGCUUGACCCUCGUUUGUAAUUUGGAUUUCAUAUAAGAGUUAAGUUUGCUUUGAGAUUUUAGUUA